AUGGAUUCUCUUCCGGUCCCUCAACAAGACACCGUCAACGAAUUCGUGGCCAUCACAGAUCUCCCUGCAGACGAAGAGCAUCUCGCCAAGGCCAUUGCCCUUUUAACGCAUCACGACUUCAACUUAAACAAUGCGGUGUUGGCGUUCUUCGAGCGAGGUCUAGAUUUACCAACCCCGGCUCCAGAGCAAGAUCCAGCCCCCGAGUUUAUUCAGUCUCUGCAGCCGUUCGCCCUGGGGGUCGAUCGGUUUGAGGGUGCUGCUGUGCACAGAAACUUGCAGAAUGAAUUUGUCAUGAAUCAUCUCUUUCCGAAACUUAUGAAGGCAUCCAGAAUCCCAAACCGGUGGACCGCAGAUAUGGCAGCUUACCGCGCACAACGAGAACUAUCCGAAAAGAAGGAAUUGUCCGAAAAACAAAAUGCUGCCGCUUCGCCGAAGAAAACCCCAGUGUGGUGGUUGGUGUUGCUCAUAAUCCCAAAGACCCUUACAUUGAUCCUAGCUGCCCUACGCUACAUUUUCCGCUUCGAUGGACCCACGUACAAUUCAUUGCCGGCGAAAUUUGAUUACACCAAGUACGACGAAUCUUACGCGCUUGUAGAAGACAUUAAUGAUAACGACAGCUUGGCGCAGUUUGACAUAGCCACCCUGAACUUCAAUGAGAGUCACGAGCAUUGUCAAAAAGAGUAUUCUUUUUUGUUGACAGUCCUUGUCGACAACAAUUCUGUGGAGAUGAUGCGUAUGCUUUUAAAGAACCCGACGUUCCAAGAAUUGUUCAAUAAGACUUCCGGUGAGUUUAAGGAUUGUCGCAUAUACCUAGCCAACGUUGACCAAAGCCCCGAAGCUUUGGAAGUGGCACAAAUGUAUCGUUACCGUAAAUUGCCCUACAUCUUUGCUGCUGCAAACGUGUCCCGAGACCCAGGGGUAAUGUCUUCUAUGUCGCUAAUUUACAAGGCCAAUUGCUAUUUUGGUGAUGAUGAGGAACGCGCCCUUCUUGUGACAAAAGUACUCAAAGCCGUCAAGAGAUCUUUUUCCGAAUACAGUCCACAAUUGGUAUCCAAGAGGUAUGACAAACAGGAGAUGGAGUUUAGUCGCCUUUUGAAAGAGAAGCAAGACGAGGCCUACCUCGAAUCACUUGAGAGUGACAAAAUUAAAAAACAAGAGAAGGAAUUGAAAAAAGAAGCCGAGGCCUGUAAAGCGGAGCUCGCGAGCAGGAAAUUGGCUUAUCUUAAGCAUCUUAUACAAUGCGAGCAUUUCGCAGAGAAGGCAGCAGAAGCCACUGCCUCCAACUCUGUGCGGGUGGCCAUAAAAUUGCCCGACGGCAAGAGAAUCAUUCAGAAAUUCCUGAAAGAUUCCAGUAUAUGUGAAGUUUAUUUAUUUGCAGAAUUGCAAAUGCUCGAAGGUGAGCUUGAGGCAGAGGCCCGGGAAAUUGACUACGAGGAUUACAUGAAUAACAUUUCAUUUUCAUUCCAGUUGUUUCGGCCUGUCCCUAAGUGCAUCCUUCCUAUUUCUUCGACAAGCAUAGAGGAGUUUGGAGAGCUUAAGUCUGGAGACACUGUUCUCUUGGAGUUCAAUGACGAAAGCGAUACCGAGUAA